GCUCCGUCUCCAAGCCCCGAACGCAGGUUGCCGGGACAGGCUGCGGCGGCUCCGUGCGGCUCGGCCUCUGGGGCCAGCUGGUGGCGGUGGCCUAGAGAGGCUCAGCGGCUGGUGGGCAGGUGCACUGAUGCUGAAGUACUAUGAGCUUUCAGAACUUCUGGAGAGACUACAAAGUUCUGGUUGUUAUGGUACCUUUAGUCGGGCUCAUACAUUUGGGAUGGCACAGAAUCAAAAGCAGCCCUGUUUUCCAAAUGCCUAAUAAGGACAACAUUUCUGAGCCAGAUAGUCCAGUACUUGGACGUCCUCAGAAGAGUCACAUCCAAGGGAAAUAGCAGGCUUAGAAUCUUCAGAAAGAAGUAUCUUUGAAUCUGAGCUUCAUAUUGAAAGAGAUGAAAAACACCAGCUGGAUUAGAAAGAACUGGCUUCUUGUAGCUGGGGUGUCUUUCAUAGGUGUCCAUCUUGGAACAUACUUUAUACAGAGGGCUGCAAAACAAUCUGUAAAGUCUCAAUCUAGAGGCAAACAAAAUGAGUAUUGAAGAAUGAAGGAAAAAUAAAUACCUGGAAUUAUUA